AUGGGGCAAUGGACAGUAGCACACCACAAGAGGGUGUUGGUGAGGAUGGAGAUGCUGAAUUAUUGGAUGAGGAGUGGGGCAGCGGUUCGGAUUCAGAGGAUGAUUUGGAGGAACAACCAGUGGUCGAAGGUGCUCAAGCUGGUGCUCAAGGUGCUGUCCAAGGUCAUGUGCACACCGUUCUGCGUGAAGUAUUUGGAGGGAUGGGAGGAGGAGGUGAGAAUGGGGGAUGCGGAGAGAUGGGAGGUGCAGGUGAGAAUGGGGGAGGCGGAGGGAUGGGAGAAGGAGGUGAGAAUGGGGGAGGCGGAGGGAUGGGAGGAGGAGGUGAGAAUGGGGGAGGCGGAGGGAUGGGAGGAGGAGGUGAGAAUGGGGGAGGCGGAGGGUUGGGAGGAGGAGGUGAGAAUGGGGGAGGCGGAGGGUUGGGAGGAGGAGGUGAGAAUGGGGGAGGCGGAGGGAUGGGAGAAGGAGGUGAGAAUGGGGGAGGCGGAGGGAUGGGAGGAGGUGAGAAUGGGGGAGGCGGAGGGUUGGGAGGAGGAGGAGUGGCUGAGAGAGGGGAAACGACUGGAAUGGGAAGAGGAACAGGGAGGGGAGGGCAUACGGGGAGGGGAGGGCAUACAGGGAGGGGAGGACAUACAGGGAGGGGGGGACAUGCAGGGAGGGGAGGACAUGCAGGGAGGGGAGGAGUGGCAGGGAGAGGAGGAGCAGCAGAGUGGGGGAGUAGGAGGGCGGGGUGGAGCAGGUGAAAAUGCAGGAGUCGGAGGGAGGGGAGGAGUAGCAGAGAUUGGGGGAGGCGGAUGGAGGGGUGGACCAGCAGAAACAAGGGGAAGGGCAGGGAGAGGAAGAGGACAAGCGGAGAGGGGUGGAGUCCGGGCGAGGCGAGGAGCAGACAGGAGUGGAGUGGAGACGGCUGAGAGAGGACCAACAGUGAGCGGGGGGGUGGGAGUGCAGGGAGGAUCUGCAGAGAGAGGAGGAGGGAGGGCUGAGAGACGGCCAACAGUGAGUGUAGGAGUGGGACCAAGGGGAGGGGUGGGGGGGUUGAGCGGUGGAGUGGGGCUGAGAGGAGGAGCCACAGAGAGUGGAGGAGUGGGGGGUGAGAGAGGACCAGGGUUGAGCGGUGGAGUGGGGCUGAGAGGAGGAGCCACAGAGAGUGGAGGGGUGGGGGGUGAGAGAGGACCAGGGUUGAGCGGUGGAGUGGGGCUGAGAGGAGGAGCCACAGAGAGUGGAGGGGUGGGGGGUGAGAGAGGACCAGGGUUGAGCGGUGGAGUGGGGCUGAGAGGAGGAGCCACAGAGAGUGGAGGGGUGGGGGGUGAGAGAGGACCAGGGUUGAGCGGUGGAGUGGGGCUGAGAGGAGGAGCCACAGAGAGUGGAGGGGUGGGGGGUGAGAGAGGACCAGGGUUGAGCGGUGGAGUGGGGCUGAGAGGAGGAGCCACAGAGAGUAGAGGGGUGGGUGGAGGUGUAGGAGAUCAUAACAAUGGUGAUAACAUCAUUCGUUUUCGGUUGCGGCGAAUGCAGCACCUGCGUCAGCAGAGACAGGUGGCAUCCGAGUCAGGUCGUGGGGAUCAACGGCAGGCAACAGUGGAUGCUGAAGCAAGCGGGGAGGAGAGAGAGGAAACAGGGAGUGUGGAGCCAAGGGGAGGGGCCAGGCAGGUUCAGCAGCAGCAGCAGCGGAGGGGUCAGCAGCAGCAAGAGGGGCAGCAGGGGCAGCAGCAACAGCAGCAAGAGGGGCAGCAGCAGCAGCAGCAGCAGCAGCAGCAGCAGCAGCAGCAGCAGCAGCAGCAGCAGCAGCAGGGGCAGCAGGGGCUUAUGGGGCACGAGCAGCAGCGGCAGGGGCGGCAGCGGCGGCGGGAACAACAGCAGCAGCAGCAGCAGCAGCAGCAGCGCCAGGGGCAGCAGCAGGGGCAGCAGCAGGGGCAGCAGCAGGGGCAGCAGCAGGGGCAGCAGCAGCAGCAGCGGGGGCAGCAGGGGCAGCAGGGGCAGCAGCAGCAGCGGCAGGGGCGGCAGGGGCAGCAGGGGCAGCAGCAGGGGCGGCAACAGGGUCAGCAGCAGGGGCAGCAGCAGGGGCAGCAGCAGGGGCAGCAGCAGGGGCAGCAGCAGCAGCAGCGGGGGCAGCAGGGGCAGCAGGGGCAGCAGCAGCAGCGGCAGGGGCGGCAGCGGCGGCGGGAGGAGCAGCAGCAGCAGCAGCAGCAGCAGAAGCAGCAGCAGCAACAGCAGCAGGGGCAGCAGCAGCAGGGGCAGCAGGGGCAGCAGGGGCAGCAGCACCAGCAGCAGCAGCAGCAGCAGCAGCAGCAGCAGCAGCAGCAGCAGCAGCAGCAGCAGCAGCAGCAGCAGCAGCAGCAGCAGCGCGAGUUUGGUGUCAUUCGCAGCAUUUAA